GCCAGCGCGGGAGAGAUGGCGACCAUCGCCGUCCCGACGCCCCUGCCAUCCCCGGCCGCCGACGCGGAGAGCCUCAGGAAUGCCGUGCAAGGCUGGGGCACGGACGAGAAGGCCCUGGUGGAGAUCCUCGGCCGGCGCACCGCCGCGCAGCGCGCCGAGAUCCGCCGCGCCUACGCCAGCCUCUACAAGGAGUCCCUCCUCACCCGCCUCCACGGCGAGCUCUCCGGCCACUUCCAGAAAGCGAUGGUGCUGCUGGCGACGGAGCCGGCGGAGAGGGACGCGAAGCUGGCGAGGGAGGCCCUGGGCAGGCGGGGCGACGACAGGGACGCGUGGGUGCUCAUCGAGGCCGCCUGCGCCGCCACGCCGGACCACCUCCUCGCCGUCCGCCGCGCGUACCGGUCCCUCCAUGGAUCCUCCCUGGAGGAGGACGUCGCCGCCUGCCCUGCGUUCCAAGAACCGCUCAGGAAGCUGCUGGUGAGCCUGGUGAGGUCGUACCGGUGCGCGGAGGGGAGCGUGGACAUGGCCGUGGCGAAGCAGGAGGCCGCGCAGCUGGCGGAGGCCAUCCGGAGGAAGAAGCAGCCGCACGGCGGCGAGGUCGUCCGGAUCGUGAGCACCAGGAGCAAGCCGCAGCUCGCCGCCACGUUCCGGUGCUACAAGGAACAACAUGGCAGCGACAUCGAAGAGGACAUGAAGCAGUACAGCAGCAGCCAGUUUGCGAGGAUGCUCAAGAUUGCUGUCUGGUGCCUCACAUCUCCUGAAAAGCACUUCGCAGAGGUUAUCAGGUACUCCAUCUUAGGACUUGGAACAGACGAGGACGCGCUCACCAGGGCGAUCGUGUCCAGGGCCGACAUCGACAUGAAAAAGAUCAAGCAAGAGUACAGGGUAAGAUUCAAGACGACGGUGACGGACGAUGUCGUCGGUGAUACCUCGGGGUAUUACAUGGAUAUCUUGCUGGCCUUGGUAGGGAAGGAGUGAAGAUUGAAAUAUUUUUUUCAUUUCUACUGCGAGACAAGAUAUUGGUGCUUGCAUCAAAUAAACGUCUAAUAGACAGCUGAUCAUGUUGUUUGUUUGGGAA